CUCCUCCCCACAGGUGUGUCCCUGGGCACUGGCUGCCAGCCCCACUCCCUGCCUGAGACACCCGCUGAAGUCGGCUGCCAAGAGACCCCCAACCAGCAGAAACAGGCUAGCAAGUGACCUGCCAUGGAAGGUGCCGAUGCCUCCAGAAGCAAUGGGGCCAGCCCGGAAGCCAGGGACGCCCGGAGCCCACCGGGUCCCAACGGCAACGUGGAGAAUGGCGCUAAAGCAGACAGUAAGGACAUCAAGACAACCAACGGGCACAGUGGGGAAGUGACGGAGGGCAAGACCCUGGGCAGUGCCCUGAAGACAGGGGAGGGGAAGAGUGCCCUAUUUUCCAGCAAUGAGUGGCGCAGGCCUAUCAUCCAGUUCGUGGAGUCGGUAGACGACAAAGGCCCCAACUACUUCAGCAUGGACUCUGCGGAAGGCAGGAGGUCCCCUUAUGCCGGGCUCCAGCUGGGGGUUUCCAAGAAACCCCCUGUGACUUUUGCUGAGAAGGGGGAGCUGCGAAAGUCCAUCUUCUCCGAGCCCCGCAAACCCACGGUGACCAUCGUGGAGCCGGGGGAGGCCCGCAGGAACAGCUAUCCCAGGGCUGACUCCAGCCUCCUGCUCCGGGCGAAGUCGGGCUCCGAGGAGGUGCUGUGCGAUUCCUGUAUCGGCAACAAGCAGAAGGCUGUCAAGUCCUGCCUGGUGUGCCAGGCAUCCUUCUGCGAGCUGCAUCUGAAGCCCCAUCUGGAGGGCGCCGCCUUCCGUGACCACCAGCUCCUCGAGCCCAUCCGGGACUUCGAGGCCCGAAAGUGCCCUUUGCAUGGCAAGACUAUGGAGCUCUUCUGUCAGACAGACCAGACCUGCAUCUGCUACCUCUGCAUGUUCCAGGAGCACAAGAACCACAGUACCGUGACAGUGGAGGAGGCCAAGGCCGAGAAAGAGACCGAGCUGUCACUGCAAAAGGAGCAGCUGCAGCUGAAGAUCAUUGAGAUAGAAGAUGAGGUGGAGAAGUGGCAAAAGGAGAAGGAUAGGAUCAAGAGCUUCACCACCAACGAGAAGGCUAUCCUGGAGCAGAACUUCAGGGACCUGGUGAGGGACCUGGAGAAGCAAAAGGAGGAAGUAAGAGCUGCGCUGGAGCAGCGGGAGCAGGAUGCCGUGGACCAGGUGAAAGUGAUCGUGGAUGCUCUGGAUGAGAGGGCGAAGGUGCUGCACGAGGACAAGCAGACCCGAGAGCAGCUGCACAGCAUCAGUGACUCCGUGCUGUUUCUGCAGGAAUUUGGUGCGCUGAUGAGCAACUACUCUCUCCCUCCACCUCUGCCCACCUACCAUGUCCUGCUGGAGGGGGAGGGCCUGGGCCAGUCACUUGGCAACUUCAAGGAUGAUCUGCUCAAUGUGUGCAUGCGCCAUGUGGAGAAGAUGUGCAAGGCCGAUCUGAGCCGCAACUUCAUUGAGAGGAACCAUAUGGAGAAUGGUGGUGACCAUCGGUACAUGAACAGCUACACAAGCAGCUACGGGAACGAGUGGAGCACGCCUGACACCAUGAAGAGAUACUCCAUGUACCUCACACCCAAGGGAGGGGGCCGGACGUCUUAUCAGUCAUCAUCGCCCAGCCGCCUCUCCAAGGAGACCAACCAGAAGAAUUUCAACAAUCUGUAUGGCACAAAAGGUAACUAUACCUCCAGGGUCUGGGAGUACUCAUCCACUGUUCAGAACUCUGAGGACCUGCCCAUUGCACAAGGCAAUUCCUCCUUCUCCCUGAAAGCAGGCACUGGGAAUGGCCCCUAUCAGUUCACAAGCUUGGGCCAGGCCACUGCAGAGUUUUCCAAGCCACUGGACCGCAGUGGGCUGUUUAAAAACAAUCCCGGAUAUCCUUCCCUCCUCCGGAGCCAGGCUCCCAAGGCCCAGCCUCAGACUUGGAAAUCUGGGAAGCAGACUCUGCUGUCUCACUACCGGCCAUUCUACGUCAACAAAGGCAGCGGCCUCGGGUCCAACGAAGCUCCCUGAGUCCAGCACGGAGCUCCGCCACCCGAUCCUCCUGUCAUCCCUGCUUUCCAAGCUGCAGCGCUUUCGCAUGGGCAGGAGCCCGGCCCCACUCUGCCCUCCCACAGCCUCUGACAGCCCGGCCAGGGCAUCCUAGCUUCCUCUGCUCCCCUAUGGGCUCCGUUUCUGCUUGGUGACGUAUAGUCACUGUGAUUUCGAUGUGUGAGGCCAAGUGACAUACCACAGGGGUGAGAGAAACCUGGGCUCCUUUCUCAUAAGCCUCCCCCAAGGCUGGUCACCAGGCACACACAGCGCCCAUCUGUCUACCUGCCUGCCCAGGCUCUGCCAUGUCCAGGCUUGGUGACCGUUUCCCAUCCUCUGUGGACACUAGGUGCUCAGUUAAGGCAACCUCUCUGCUCCCAUCCCUUGGGCUCAGUAUUUUUUUAAUCAGCAGCUUAAGCCCAUGAGGAGACAGGGCUUGUGUGUCCUCUUGAAUCCCCUUUAUCACAGUAUGGCUGGCCUCGGCCAUGCCUUAGGAGAUGCUCUGGGCAUCUUGGCCUUUUCCUGGUCCAGUGGUGAGGCUCUGCCAUGUCCACUUUGAGGCUACGAAGCCAGAGAAUGGGCUCUCCUGUCUGGCAAGAGGAUUGUAGCCUGGACAUUUUCUCUGCUGUUGCUGGGAAGAGCAGUUCCCCUGAGUACCACAACCCACUCACAGACAAUUGCCCGUAGACUCUUACCGAUAGGGAAUUUGGUGCUCUUCAUAGCAAUGAACAGCAGGAGGGCUGGGAAGAGGGGUGUCACUCGAGGGGUACCACCCACAUCAGGGGAGUCAGCUUCCAUCCAUGUCACAUGUCACUGGGCUUUGAGAGGGACAAAUCAGGAUCAGCCCUGGGUGCCCGGAGCUUGUCUCCCGCUCUGGGCCAAUGGGGCCUCAUGGGUCAGCUUGCAGGGGUGGGGAGGGCUACUUUUGGCUUGGGCUUCCCCCUCCCUGAAUAAACCAUUUAUCUCUUUA